AUGCGCGAAUUCAAAGUGGUUGUACUCGGUUCGGGUGGGGUUGGGAAAAGUGCAUUGACUGUGCAGUUCGUGUCCGGGUGCUUCAUGGAAAAAUAUGACCCGACCAUUGAGGACUUCUACCGCAAGGAGAUCGAGGUGGACAACUCUCCAUGUGUCCUGGAAAUCUUGGAUACGGCGGGUACCGAGCAAUUCGCCAGCAUGCGGGACCUGUACAUAAAGAAUGGUCAAGGGUUCGUCGUCGUGUACAGUUUAACAAACCACCAAACCUUCCAAGACAUCCGCCCGAUGAAAGAACUCAUCACUCGAGUCAAAGGAACAGAAAGAGUUCCUAUCCUACUAGUCGCUAACAAAGUCGAUUUGGAGCACCAGAGAGAAGUAGACUCUGCAGAAGGACUCAGUCUGUCGCAGCAGUGGGGUUGCCCUUUCAUCGAGGCCAGCGCCAAAAAUAGGCAUAACGUUAACGAAGUAUUUGCUGAAAUCGUCAGAGAAAUGAACUUUAGUCCAGAAAAGGAAAAGAAAAGCUACUGUUGUUGUACCGUACUCUAG